AUGACAUUUAAACCUAGCUCCCAAACAAUCUCUCUCAAAGUUUCCUACCACCACCAUCCAUACGCCAUGAUGGGAUCUUACACUCGUUUCAUUAUUUUUAUACUGUCAAUAAGCCUUGCCGGAGCUAGUUCUUUCGCCAGAGAAGCAGUUAGUGGCAAAUUAUCGCUGGCGACCUCUCCGUGGGUUUCUAAAGCGUCAGAUUUCGACAAAUGUGAGAAUACCAUACUGAAGGAGCUAAACGGGAUAGUCGACAGUGCAGAGAGAUUGCUGUACAAUAUGUUCCAAGCGGAGGCGACAUACGACUCUGCUCGCGAAGUUUAUGGUACCUGUCGUCAAAUAGAACAACAAGGUUUCGCCAUUCAGAAACUUUUUUUGGAUUUUCAAGAAGAAGCCAGUAAAGCAGGCAGCGAAGACUUGAAUGCUGCAGUGGCACAGAUCGCACGGUUUGUCAGUAAGACGCUGGAAACCGAGAGUCGAAAUAUCGUGCCUGCAGGUUUGCAAAUUUCAGGAAACGAAGUGGCAUUACUUCGCGCCACACUUGUUAAAAACCUGAUUCGAAUUCAAAAAGCUUUAAGACAGACAGAAAUUCAGUUGCAGGCAGCACUGAAUUUUCAUAAGCUUAAGGACCAAAAAAUCGAUAAUGUUACAAUGGAGACAAUACCAGACGCUACGGCGCUCGAUGAGGACGCUGUUGGCGUCCUCAUUGGGAAUAUUAUCGCAGACAAGAUUCACGAACUGGUCGUCGGAGGCGAUCUACACACUGCAAUCACGCAAAUUGCGAACAGUUUCUGCGAUUUGGGAGUACUUUUGACCGGGUAUGCGACCGGGCUAGCCCUCUGCAAUUUAGCUGGAGUGCCUGGCGCUGUUUUCUGCGGUAUCUCCAUCGUAGUCUGCAGUGGAGGUACCGUGGUGUUUUUCUGCCGUCUUUACAACAAUCUGAAUAAAUUAUUCAAGUCUUUAGCAUGA